UUGGCGGAAUCGGAGUAGAAUAGCUAGGUGGCGACAGAUGGCGCGACAACGACCAAUCGGUGUGCAGAAUUGGUGAAACUCGCGCGGCGAUUGGUCGAAAGGGUUCUGGUCGGUGUAGCGAUUCGUUUGGCCGCUUGUUCCCCGCGUCGUCCCGCGACGGCUGCUGAGCGCCGGCCAAAUCGUCGUGAGCGAGAAAGAGAAGAAGAAACGAAUGCGCGCUCGCUUCGGACCACGGGUUCGUCGUUAAUCAUCGUUAUCGGCGUGCACGAAACCGUCAACCGAUUCGCCGCGGCGAGAGACCGAUAUUAUUGGAGCACAGUGAGCGAUUGCUCGUCUCUGAACGCGCAUCGUCGUCUUCGUCGUACUCGUCGUCACGAUAGUGUUCGUCGACUCGGUCGAACAUCGUGUCGCGUCGCGUCGCGUCGUGUCGUUCUCUUUAACGCGAACGUAAUUUUUGCUCGAGAGUUCGUAUCCGUUCAUCUCUCGUCGCCGAGUUCCAGUGUCGAGACGAUCUAACCACGCGACGACGGUCAUUCGAUCCGAACGAAAAAGGCUGAUUCGCGCGUUUUCCCUGCUAUUUCGUGUUUACGGAUAGAUCGGACGACUCGUGCGUCGUUACCGCGUGAUCGCGUGUGCUAUCGUCGAACGUGUGCCGGCCGUGCGAUGAACGGCAACGAUAGAACGCACGCCGAGAACAGAGGACGAAAUGGCCACGUGUUGGUGUGGGAGCAACCCGGCCUGGAAGAAGAGGACAGACCUGCGCGGAAACGAAAAACAUUGGUGGGGUCGCGUCACGUAGUAACGCUAAUGCUGUUCCUCGGCAUGGCGAACGCCUACGUGAUGAGGACCAACAUGUCCGUGGCGAUCGUCGCGAUGGUCAAUCACACGGCUAUCACCGACGCUCACGAGAACGUACAGAUCAACGAAUGCGGAAACGACACUUUGCCGGCCAGUCAUCACGAUCCGAGCAGCGACGGAGAUUUCAUAUGGGACUCCAAGAUGCAGGGAUAUCUGUUGAGUUCCUUCUUCUACGGCUACGUGAUCACGCAGAUACCGUUCGGUAUACUCGCGAAACGUUACGGAUCGAAAUACUUUCUCGGCAUCGGGAUGCUGAUCAACUCGGUGUUUGGAUUGCUGGUGCCCGUGUCCGCGCGCGCCGGUUACUACUAUCUCAUGGUCAUACGAUUCGUCCAAGGAUUGGGCGAGGGUCCGAUCGUGCCUUGCACGCACGCCUUGUUGGCCAAGUGGAUACCGCCGAAUGAACGCAGCAGGAUGGGAGCCUUCGUGUACGCUGGUGCACAAUUCGGUACCGUGAUCUCGAUGCCGCUGAGCGGUAUCCUCUCCGAGUACGGUUUCGACGGUGGCUGGCCAUCGAUUUUCUACGUGUUCGGUGCCGUUGGUACCGUAUGGUGUAUCGCCUUCCUCAUCUUCAUUUACGAGGAUCCAGAGACUCAUCCUCGCAUCGCGGAAGACGAGAAAAAGUAUAUCCUGAGCGCCUUGUGGGGCAACGCUGGAGUCUCUUCUCCGCCGGUGCCGUGGGUAUCGAUCGUCACCUCUCUACCGUUCUGGGCCAUCCUGAUAGCGCACAUGGGUCAGAAUUACGGAUACGAGACGCUGAUGACGGAGUUACCGACGUUCAUGAAGCAAAUCUUGCACUUUGACAUUAAAUCGAACGGCACCGUUUCCGCGCUUCCCUACUUGGCCAUGUGGAUAUUUUCCAUGGUGAUCUCUCACGUGGCUGACUGGAUGAUCUCCAGCGGGAAAUUCAAUCACACGAUCACCCGUAAAAUCAUCAACAGCAUUGGUCAAUUCGGGCCAGCGAUCGCGCUCGUCGCGGCUUCCUUUACCGGAUGCAACUCUUGGUUGACCGUGGCCAUCUUAACGGUGGGCGUGGGCUUAAACGGCGGUAUUUAUUCCGGAUUCAAAGUGAAUCAUCUCGAUAUUUCACCGAGAUUCGCCGGCGUGCUGAUGUCUUUCACCAAUUGCCUGGCUAAUCUGGCGGGUUUGCUCGCGCCUAUCGUUGCUGGAUACAUAAUCUCUGGAACGCCGUCGCAAGCCAAGUGGAGGCUCGUUUUCGUGAUUUCGGCGGGUGUGUACGUCGUCUGUACAAUUUUCUACGUAAUAUUUGGAUCCGGACAGCGGCAAUCGUGGGACAAUCCGGAGAAGGACGAGGAGAAGCAAGAGAAACAAGCGCUGGACAGUGUGAAAACCAUCGCCGAAACGCGGCAUUGACGAACGGUGUAACGUGGUGUGUUACGCGUCGAUUCUUCGUCGCUUUUUUCCAGGAACGCGAAACGAUUAACCGUUCGCAUUCGUUCGCGUUUGACCGAAGAGCCUCGCUGACUGCCACGUGAUACUGCGAACGCGGUCUUGUUCUUUCUUCCGCUUUCCUCCCUUAAUCGCCAUGUUCGCGCGCGUUUCGUUGCGCGCAACUUACCUGUGAUCCUUGGAUCAUCGAGGAGCUUCGAGCAGCGUGCGACGAAACGCGCAGCGAGAACGCAUUCCGCGUGCAUGGGAAAGCGUGACAGUAGAUAAAAUAGUUUAAGCGGGACGCGACGAACGGACUCGCGUCUCUCUUCGAGGGAAGGAUGAAGCACGUUCGGUUAAACGAUUUUCACGACUCGUCAGAGCCCUCGAAGGAUAAUCUGGACUAUUCGAUUCUUCCGGCCACGAAGAGUCAUAAUUACAUGGUUCGUUCUUCGCUCGUGUGUUGACCUUAAAUCGCACGCAAUGUUUGUACAGCAAGUAAGUCAAACGGAACGUUACGUUUCUAUUUGUUCCACAAAUAAAAUAAGAAACGCGCAAACGUGUGCACGUACGGAAGAUAGAGAGGAAGAGUGUCUGAUACAGAGAAAGAGAGAGAGAGAGAGCGAGAGAGAGAGUGCGUGUUUGAGAGAGAGCCAGAGAGAAAAAAAUUUUACAUUUUUAUAGCACUCCUUUUUUUCAUUUAACGAACGUUACGUGCCUUACGAUCGUGAAGUAGGAAUAAAGAUAACGUCGAAGUUUCUUCGAAUUUAUUCGAUCCGUUUCGGUGCAUCGUUUUCCACAACGCGUCAGUUUCAACGAUCGAUCGAUGCUAAAAGUCAUCGUUAGAACCUCGAUCCGGCUUCCAAAGGCGCGCGCGCGCGUGCAUACGCGAGAGUGCUCGCGCGUCCGCUCGCCAAACACCGAUUGCGUCGCGCGUUUACCUGCGCGCGCGAUCAAACGGACGAACGUGGCAACAGUAUUAAAAUAAAUAUCCUCGCGUAUGACUUCGUUUAUUUCUUCGUAUCGUACCGUGUUUUAUCGCAACCAACUGCCAUUUUGUAUUGUACGACUGAUACCGAUCGCGGGAAAGAUCAAAAAGAAACUCGAUUACCAGCACCGUUGCGAGCAACGCGGUGCAAUACAACAAUGGUUUUAUACGCGUUGCAUAGAUUAUAUUCGUACGCGUAUGUUUUUACCAAACCGUAGGUGUCCGAAAACAAUUAUUGCCUCCAUUUAUUUAUAAAACUUGUACGAAACAGAACAAAAGAGUAGAAGAAAGAAUAGAAAGUAUUGUCGGAUGUGCUAGAAACGAGAAAGACAUCGUUCGGAAGAAAAAAGAAUUCGUGUUUGCACAGUAGAAUGCAUUUUCUUUUCUUUUUUUUUAUUAUUAUUGUUGUGAUUAUUAUUAUUAUUAUUAUUGUUGUUGGUAUUAUUAUUAUUAUCAUUAUUAUUAUUACUAAUAUUAUUAUUAUUAUUAUUAUUAUUAUUAUUAUUAUUAUUAUUGCCAUCAUCAUCGUCGUCGUCAUCGUCAUUACCAAGUUCAUUGUCAUCGCGAUUAUAAUCAUAGUCAUUAAUGUCAUUUUUGCCAUACAGUUAAUACGUAUCAAGUAUGCACCAAAGCAUUGCCGGAAUAUGCUUCAGGAUGUGAAUAAGACACUCUGGAAGUAUCGAAAAUAUAUGUCUCUCUGCGUCGCGUUCGACUUCUUUUCGUUAAUGCAGCCGACAUUGUCGCGUAUGUCCUGCUCGCGACGUUCAGCCCGCAAUAAAAUCGAACGUGGGUACCUUUUCAAGUAUAAAUCACUUUCCAUUUGUUAUCGCGUACGUAUUUUACUACCUAGUAUCGAGGAGCGUGCCGGACAUCGAAUGCGUGCGUCUCUUCGUUUUCCGCACGUUCGCUUCGGUCACUCGCGCAAAUUCGAACCGUCGCGGAUCCAUUCAAUGUACCUGUCAUUUCCUGUGAUCAUCUGCCGAAAAACGUGUCUUCGAUUACCUUUUUCAAAGUUAUCGUAAGUUUCUUGCGAAAACUGUAGUCGGCAAACAACUUUGAUCGUCGUUACGAUUCGUUGUUCGUUUUAAAUUCUUCUCGUAUGCGCCAAAAUAUUUAAUAUUCGGUUGCGCCGCUGCGCUUUAAAAUGCUUCGGAUCCGUUCCUAUAGUUGUCGUAGAAUGCGCGUGCACAUAGAUGUACAUAUAUACAUGCAUGUGUAGAUACGUAUGUAUAGACGCGCCGUAUGCUUGAAUCAGCGUUACCGACGACCGUAACGCAAACAAUUGUUAAUAAAUUGUACAAACUUCCAUUGAGCACCUGUUAAAUGAUCGAUUAAAACUGCGAGAUUGAUAUUUUCUUAUAAAACUAUCGAUAAUUGAUGCCUGUAAAACGAUAAUGUAAUCUUUCUCAAUCGUCCAAGAUUAUAAUUGAGCGACCGGGCCGAAGGCGAGUGAAGCUCUUAUACUUGA